AUGGACCACGGGGACCACGGCGGACACGGAGGCCACGGGGACAUGGACAUGGGCCCGAAAUGCACCAUGAACAUGCUAUGGAACACCCAAAUCGUCGACACCUGCGUCGUCUUCCGCUCGUGGCACAUCUCGUCGCGAUUCACCUUCGCGCUCUCCUUCGUCGCCAUCAUCCUCAUCUCCGUCGGCUACGAGUGGCUGCGCACCUACCAGCGCGCCGUCGACCAGCGCAUCGCGCUCGCACUUGCGCGCGGCAAGGGCCGCGACAAGGGGUCGGUGAGUGGGAGAAGCAGUCCCGAGGUACCAGGUCAGGACGUUGAAGAGGCCGGCUUGCUGACUGGGCGCGCGCGCAAGGCCGCAGGCAGCGGCACGCCCGUCCCACCGUUUCCGCGCGUGCUCCGUGCCGGUCUUUACGGCGCCUCAGUCUUUGUCUCGUUCUUCUUGAUGUUGGUCUUCAUGACCUACAAUGCAUACUUGAUCCUGGCCGUCGUGCUCGGCGCCAGCAUCGGGCACUUCGUCUUUGGCGCCCAAAUGGACGUCGAUAGCGUGCUCGCGGGCGCUGCAGCUAACAAGGGCAUGGCGUGUCACUGA